ACUGUUUAAACUGGCAGCUGUUGUUGUCAGGUCAGUGUCAGGAAAAAGAAUUAUGAAGCUUUACUGACCAGAAAUGGAGACGAAACUAAUGUUAAACCUGGUAUAAGAUACGAAAGCACAGUUGGUCAUCAUUCCUCGGGUAGGGUUUGUUUUCUUAGCCAGGUUAUCCGUCUUAUCCCAGAGGUAAUGUCUCUACCUCCAGAAAAAGCUUCCGAACUGAAGCAGAUCAUUCACAACCAUCUGCUCAAGAUGGAUAUUCAUGGGAAGAUCCGAGAGGUGCUAGCCGAGACUAUAAGGGGUAGUCAAGGUCCAACACAUCGAACUCUGUCAGAGACAGAUUUUCUACAUGCUUUACAGUCCAGGGGCAUCAUAGAUGAUGUGAUGAAAGACCUACAUUUUACUCAGGAGGCAUCCACAAAUAUAGGAACACAGUCUCCUCCAAAGCCUGCAACUCAUUAUGUUGACAAAGAUGUUGUGCCACUGAAGAAAACUAAUAUUGACCCAACCAGGCGAUAUCUUUACCUCCAAGUACUUGGUGGUAAAGCCUUCCUGGAGCAUCUCCAAGAGCCAGAGCCUUUACCGGGACAGGUGUGUUCUACGUUUACACUCUACCUUCACUUCCGCAACCAGAGGUUUCGCUCAAAGCCGGUGCCAUGUGCCUGUGAACCAGACCUAAAGGAGGGCUUUCUCUUAGAGAUCCACAAAGAUGGGAUAGGAGAGGGGAGCAAGAUGGCAGAUGCUACCAUGAUGCUGUCUAUAUGUGACCCUGUUCACCUGGUGCUGAUAAAAACAGACACAUCCAGUGAUACAACGCUGAUCUCAUCUUAUUUCCUUGAUUGGAGGACAGUCCUCAACUUACCCACUGGAAAGACCUGCAUUGCUGUGGAGCUGAUGGGCGUUGGAAGUGAAUGUAAAGUCCCUGCGGGUGUUUUGACCAUCAAUCUUGAGCUUUACCCUCCUCUCACAGAGUCUUUGAGGAGUGAUAUCAUCACUACACAGCAAUCGCUGGAAAGGCAGAGGACUGCAGAGAAGGAGAGGCUAUUCUUGGUUUAUGCCAAGCAGUGGUGGAGAGAGUUCCUUGAAAUCCGUCCUUCACAUCAAUCAAAAAUGGUCAAGAUCUUUGCACAGGAUGAAAAUGGCGUCAACAGGCCGGUGUGUUCGUACGUGCGUGUCCUUCGGGCGGGGCGGCUCCUGGAGAGUCCUCGCCAGGCGGCUCGAUUCGUCAGCCUGCUAGCCCAUGAGAGGGCUCCAGUGGUGGGAGGAGGAGCCGGCAAACAGGAGCAGUGGUGCACAUUAAUGGCUUUCCUGUGUAGAGGGAAGGGGGACUGUGAGGACCACGCCACCCUGCUGUGCAGCCUCCUGCUGGGCUUCGGCCUCGACGCCUACGUAUGUGUGGGAACCAAAGCAAAGGGAGUCCCACACACCUGGGUCCUGACACGUGGAACUGAUGGGAGCAUCACAUUUUGGGAAAGUCUGACUGCACACAGAUACCUGCACCAGGCCAUUGACCCCGAUGCCCCUCCCCUGGCACCCCAGCCCAAACCAUCCUCCCCUUACCGCACGGUGGGCUGUGUCUUCAACCACCAAACCUUCCUGGCCAACUGCCAGCACUCCGACGCUGUGGAGCUGUGCAUCUUUGACUUUCAGAACCAGUCUCGAUGGAAGGCCAUGAGUGAAGAGGCUCUGAAAUCGGUCUGUGCUCCCGGCUCCACGACAUCUCUGCCCCCCCUGCCUCCACUCUGUGCCCCCUCUCUGGAUGCUGCCGCUGUCAGUAACCAGCUGGAACUGGAGAUGCGCUACCUGAUCUCUGAGCACAGGAAGGACCUGGACCUAGCGACGGUCUGGGAUGACCACCUGUCCUACCUGCUAUCCUCAGCCCUGGCGGCCUAUGAGCUGGAGCGCUGCACCGGCGUCUCCUGUGGCAACGAGGAGUUUCAGGAUGCAGUGAGGAGGGCGGUGCCAGACGGACACACCUUCAAAGGCUUCCCCAUCCACUUCCUGCACCGCAAUGCCCGCAGAGUCUUUGCCACCUCCCUCAGGUCUCCUUUCUGCGAGGAAAUAGUUUGUUGUCGCGGUGACCAUGUGAGACUGGCGGUCCGUGUGCGGGUGUUUGUCUACCCAGAGAACGCCUGUGGAGUGUGGCUUAUGUUUGCUUGUAAAUAUCGCUCCGUACUCUGAUGGUGUCUUGCGAUAAUAUCACAACAGAUCCCCGGAAAAUUCUUUUACUAUAACUUUUAUAUCGGUGACAAAGACACUCAUGCAGUCAUGUUUCUGGAUUUUAUCUAUAUUUUACGCUUGCAGAUUUGUAUUUUUCAUGUGCAGUUGAUUUAUAAUUUGUACAUAUAUUAGAUUUUACACCUUCAAGUUGUAUUUAUUCAUCUAUUUUUUUAAAUAAAUGAAAUAUUAUUAA